AACACAUUUCACACAUUUUUUAAAAAAAUUAAAAUUCUUUUUCUGCUGAUACCAUCACAUUUAACUUUUUUUUCUAAAAAUUUUUUUUUAAAAAAUGAGCGAAACUCAAACUUAUACAUUUGAAGUCAAUCCAAUGACUUGCUCAGGAUGCACGAAAUCAGUUGAAAAAGCAUUAAAUAAUCUCGGAGGUGUGGAUAAUAUUAACUUCAAUCUUGAAAAUAAGACAGUUGUUCUUACAACUGCCAAAACAUCUCAAGAAAUCGUCGAUGCGAUCGGAAAAACAGGAAAAACGGCUGAAUUGAAAUAAAUAGUAAUAAUACGUUUUCUUUUAUUAACUAUUAUUUUAUUUAAAUAUUUAUAUGUAUUAUUA